GUUACUGUCACUCUAAAUAAAUAAAAUUUAAAUAAAUUAUUAGCAUUAAUAAAAAAGAAUAGAGUGUCCCCCACUACUGGUGUCUCAACUUAGCAUGGUGAGGACUGGGGAAAAGUUUCCCAUUAGGUUUUUUUCACAGACAAGGAAGAGGGUUUUCAAUAUACCUUUUAUCCAGGAGAAAAAGACUCACUAAAAAUGGUCAUCCUCAAUAAGAACCAGAAGCCAGAACCAGAACUGAAUUCAGUACAAAGAAUUACCUCCUAGGAGUGUCAGUAGGACUUUGUAUAUUUUAAUAUUUGGGAAAAAGUAGUUGUUCCAGGAGAGGCACCUCUCCUAAAAUCUCUCUCUGACCUGGAAUUAUGGGAAGAAGAAUGAAUACCAUGGAGUAUGGGGGAUCUCUCUGUGGCUACUAAUGGUAUAAUUCAUGUGAGAUAGUUGUUGACAACAAUGCUGAUUGUGCCAAUUAAAAGUUUUAAGUCCUGUUUCUUGUUGACUUGUGCUUCUGAAUACUCGGUCUCUUGGUGCCCAAACUCAGCAAGCAAUACAGAGUUUGUUUUAUUGUUUUGUUUUCUUUGUUUAUUGUUGUUGUUUUGGUGGUGGUAGUUGGCUGUUUAUUUGGUUGUUUGUUUUGAUUUUUGAGGCAGCGAUUCUCUGUGUAAACAUGGCUAUUCUGGAAUUCACUAUGUAGUAGACACAUUAUGUAGUUUUCCCUAGCCUGGGUUUUUGUUAUUCCAAAUGUAUUUGCAAUUGGUUCUUUCUAACUCUAUGAAAAAUUGAGUUGGAAUUUUGAUGGGGAUUGCAUAGAAUCUGUAGAUUGCUGUUGGCUAAAUGGUCAUUUUUACUAUAUUAAUCCUGCCAAACCAUGAGCAUGGGAGACCUUUCCAUCUUCUGAGAUCUUCUUCAAUUUCUUUUUUUUUUAUAGACUUGAGGUUCUUGUCAUACAGUUCUUUCAAUUGCUUGGUUAGAGUCACACUGACGUAUUUUAUGUUAUUUGGGAAGUCUUUCCUCAGAGACUUGAAGUUCUUGUCAUACAGAUCAUUCACUUGCUUGGUUAGAGUCACACUGAUGUAUUUUAUGUUAUUUGAGAGUAUUAUGAAUGGUGUCAAUGGUGUCUUUCCCUAAUUUCUUUCUCAGCCUGUUUAUCCUUUGACUAGAAGAAGGCUACCAAUUUGUCUGAGUUAAUUUUAUACCCAUCAACAUUGCUGAAGUUGUUUAUCAGGAUUAGUAGUUCUCUGGUGGAAGUUUUGGUGUCACUUAAGUGUACUACCUUACCAUCUGCAAAUAGUGAUAUUUUGACUUCUUCCUUUGCCAUUUGCAUUCCUUUGACCUCCUUUUGUUGUGUCAUUGCUUUGGCUAGGACUUUGAGUACUAUAUUGUAUAGGGAGGAAGAAAGCCUUGUCUAGUCCCCGAUUUUAGUGUGAUUGCUUCAAGUUUCUCUCCAUUUAGUUUAAUGUUGACUACUGGUUUGCUGUAUGUUGCUUUUAUAGUAUUUAGGUUUGGGCCUUGAAUUCCUGAUCUUUCCAAGACUGUUAACGUGAAUGGGUGUUGAAUUUUGGCAAAUGCUUUCUCAGCAUCUAAGGAGAUGUUCGUGUGCUUUUUCUCUUUGAGUUUGUUUAUAUAGUGUAUUUUCCUAUAUUGUACCAUCCCUGCAUCCCUGGCAUGAAGCCUACUUCAUCAUGAUGGAUGAACAUUUUGAUAUGUUAUUGGAUUCUCUUUGCAAGAAUUUUAUUAAGAAUUUUUGCAUUGAUAUUCAUAAGGCAAAUUGGUCUGAACUUCUCUUUCUUUGUUGGGUCAUCGUGUGGUUUAGGUAUAGGUAUAAUUGUGGCUUCAUAGAAGGAACUAGGUAGUGUUACUUCUGUUUCUAUCUUGUAUAAUAGUUUGGAAAAUAUUAGUAUUAAGUUUUCUAUGAAGGUUUGAUAGAAAUCUCCACUAAAUCCAUCUUGUCCUGGGCUUUUUUGGAUUGGGAAACAUUUAAUGAUUGCUUCUAUUUCUUUAGGAGUUAUGUGACUGUUUAGAUGAUUUAUCUGAUCUUGAUUUAACUUUAGUACCUGGUAUCUGUCUAGAAAAUUGUCAGAUUCUUCCAGAUUUUCUAGUUUUGUGGAGUAUAGGCUUUUAUUGUAGGAUCUGAUGAUUUUUUUUUAAUUUCCUCAGAUUCUGUUGUUAUGUCUCCCUUUUCAUUUCUUAUUACGUUAAUUUGGAUACUCUCUGUGCCCUCUGGUUAGUCUGUCUAAGGGUUUAUCUACUUGUUGAUUUAUUCAAAGAACCAGCUCCUGCUUUUGUUGAUUCUCUGUAUAGUUUUUUUGUUUCUACUUUGUUGAUUUCAGCCCUGAGUUUGAUUAUUUCCUGCUGUCUACUCCCCUUGGGUUUGUAUGCUUCUUUUUAUUCUUGACUCUAGAUUCUAUCAGACUUUCAAAAAAGACCUAACACCAAUACUCUUCAAACUAUUCCACAAAAUAGAAAUAGAAGGAAUACUACACAAUUCCUUCUAUGAAGGCACAAACCACACAACGACUGGAAAAGGAAUGAGUACUUCAGACCCAUUUCCGUCAUGAAUAUUGAUGCAAAAAUACUCAAUAAAAUCCUCACAAACCAAAUCCAAGAACAUAUCAAAAUGAUCUUUAAACAUGAUCAAGUAGGCUUCAUCCCAGGGAUGCAAGAAUGGUUCAAUAUAUGGAAAUCCAUCAACGUAAUCCACUAUAUAAACAAACUCAAGGGAAAAGAAAAACACAUGUUCAUUUCAUUAGAUGUUGAGAAAGCAUUUGAUAAAAUUCAACACCCCUUCAUGAUGAAAGCCUUGGAAAGAUCAGCAAUUCAAGCCCAUACCUAACCAUAGUAAAGGUAAUAUAAGCAAACCAGUAGCCAACAUCAAACUAAAUAGAGAGAAACUUGAAGCAAUCCCACUAAUAUCAAUGACUGGACAAGGCUGCCCCUCUCUCCCUACCUACUCAGUAUAGUACUCAAAAUCCUAGCCAGGGCAACUAGAAAACAAAAAGAGUUCGAAGGGAUACAAAAUGGAAAUGAAGAAGUAAAAAUAUCACCGUUUGCAGCUGAUAUGAUAGGAUACUUAAGAUACCCCAAAAAUUCCACCAGAGAACACCUACAGCUGAUAAACAACUUAAGCAAAGUGGCUGAAUAUAAAAUUAAGUCAAACAAAUCAGUAUCUUUCUUCUACUAAAAAAAUAAACAGUCUGAGUAAGAAAUUAUGGAAGUGACACCCUUCACAAUAGCUACAAAUCAUAUAAAAUACCUUGGUGUGAUUCUAAUGAAGCAAAUGAAUCACCUGUCUGACAAGAACUUCAAGCCUCUGAAGAAAGAAAUGGAAGAAGAUCUCAGAAAAUGGAAAGAUCUCAAAUGCCUAUGGACUGUCAGGAUUAAUAUAGUAAUAAUGGUAACCUUGCCAAAUUCAACCUUCAGAUUCAAUGCAAUCCUCAUCAAAAUUGCCACUAAACUCUUCAUAGAAUUAGAAAGAGCAAUUUGAAGAUUCAUUUGGAAAAGCAAAAAACCCAGUAUAGGGAAAUCUGUUCUCAACAAUAAAAGAACUUCUGGCCCUUUGUUCUUCUCUUCUCUGCUCUCUUCCCCUCUGUCCCUGUCUCCCACCCCCCACCCCACUUCCCCCCAUGUGCUUAUGGCCAGCCUCCUUUGUUUCUCCCCCCUUCUACUCUUCUUCUCUCAUUAAACCUCUCCAAGUAGAAAAAAAAAACUUCUGGGGGGAAUCACCAUCCCUGACCUCAAGUUUUAUUACAGAGCAAUUGUAGUAAGAACUGCACGGUAUUGGUAGAGAGACAGGCAGGUAGAAAAAUGGAAUAAAACUGAUGACCAAGAAAUGAACACACACACAUAUGGUCACUUGAUCUUUGACAAAGGAGCUAAAAGUAUCCAAUGGAAAAAAGACAGCAUUUUCAACAAACGGUGCUGACUGAACUGGAGGUCAGCAUGUAGAAGAAUGAAUCCAUUCUUUUUACCCUAUACAAAGCUUAAGUAAGUAGAUCAAGGACCUCCACAUAAAACCAGACCCACUCAAACUAAUAGAAGAAAAUGUGGGGAAAAUCCUUGAACACAUGGGCACUCAGGAAAAUUUCCUGAACGGAACAUCAAUGGCUUAUGCUCUAAGAGCCAGAACCGACAAAUGGGAUCUUGUAAAAUUGCAAAGCUUCUGUAAGGCUCAGGAAAAUGUUUAUAGGACAAAAUGGCAACCAACAGAUUGGGGAAAAAAUCUUUACCAAGCCUACAUCUGAUAAAGGACUAAAGUCUAAUAUAUACAAAGAACACAAGAAGUUAGACUCUAGAGAAUCAAUGAGUACAGGGCUAAAAAAAUUCUCAACUGAGGAAUAUUGAAUGACUGAGAAGCUCCUAAAGAAAUGUUCAACAUCCUUAAUCAUCAGGAAAAUGUGAAUCAAUACAAACCUGGGAUGCCACCUCACAACAGUCAGAAUGGCUAAGAUGAAAAUCUCAGGUGACAACAGAUGCUGGCGAGUAUGUGGAGAAAGAGGAACACUCCUCUACUGUUGGUGGAAUUGCAAACUGGUACAGCGACUCUAGAAAUAAGUCUGGAGGUUUCUCAGAAAAUUGAACAUAGUACUACCUGAGGACCCAGCUAUACCAGUCCUGGGCAUACACCCCAAAGAUGCUCCAACACAUAACAAGGACACAUGCUCCACUAUGUUCAUAGUAGCCUUAUUUAUAAUAGCCAGAAGCUGGAAAGAAUCCAGUUGUCCCUCAACAGAAGAAUUGAUACAGAAAAUGUAGUACCUUUCCACAGUGGAGUACUAGUCAGCUAUUAAAAACAUUAACUUCAUAAAACUCAUAGGUAAAUGGAUGGAACUGGAAAAUAUCAUCCUGAGUGAGGUAACCAAAUUUUAAAACACACACACACACACACACACACACACACACACACACACACGCGCGCGCGCGCAGUAUGCACUCAAUAAUAAGUGGAUAUUAGCCCAGAAGCUUCGAAUAUCUAAGAAAAAUUCACAGAUCAUAUGAAGCCCAAGAGGAAGGAAGACCAAAAUAUUGAUGCUUCAUUCCUUCUCAGAAGGGAGAACAAAAUGCUCACAGGAGGAAAUAUAGGGACAAAGAGUGGAGCAGGGAAUGAAGAAAGGGUCAUCUAGAGACUGCCCCACCUGGGGAUCCAUCCCAUAUGCUGUCACCAAACACAGUCACUAUUGCUGAUGCCAAGAAUUGCUUGCUGACAGGAGCCAGAUAUGGGUUUCUCCUGAGAGGUUUGCCAGAGGCCCUACUAAUACAUAUGAGAAGGGUUGCAGCUAACAAUUGGACUGAACAAGGGGACCCCAAUGGAGGAGAAAAGACUGAAGGAGCUGAAGGGGUUUGUAACACCAUAGGAAGAACAACAAUAUCAACCAACCAAACCCCAUAAGAGCACCCUGGGACUAUACCACUAAGAAAUGAGUGUAUAUGGAGGGACCCAUAACUCCAGCCACAUAUGUGGCAAAGGAUGGUAUUGUCCAACAUCAAUGGGAGGAAACGCCCUUGGAGUAUAAUGGCAGGACAUUGAGGUUGGUGUGAGUGGAUGGGAAUGGGAGCAAUAGAUGCAGGGGAGGAAGUAAGGGGUAUGGGAGAGUGGGGAAUGUUUAAAAUGUAAAUACAUAAAAUAUCAACAAAAAAGAAAAUUAUAUAUAAAGAAGAAUAGAAUAGAAUAGAAGGAGCUGUGAACAGAGAACUCCAUCUUGUUCAUCAGUGUAGAAUUUCUAGUUUCCUAGCAACCAAGCAUCUUCAUGGAAACAAUAACUUUUUUUCUGGAACAAAGGCCUCAGAGCCAUAGAUAUCAUGGGGGACCAGAGGAUGCCAGAGAACCAGCCCCCUCAGUUACCCAGUUACAAGCAUGUCUUAAAGCACAAGACAGAACAACUAUCUUCUCCUUUCAUGGAAAACCAUUACCAACAGUUUUCUCAGGAAAAACUGGGUGACUUUACUAGAUACUAUGAACCUCAUGAAGAGAUACUUUCAGGAACCAUUCGUGGGACUGUUUUUCCAAGAAUUUCUCAUAAAGUACCCAGUACUCUCACCAAGAUGAAUCAGAGAAAGCUACAACAGGAUUUUAGAAUGUUUUGCUCAAUUUCAAUUGGUCAGCAAGGAAUCAGAAGAACUCAAUACAAGUGGGAUCACCUGUCUCAGACGGAAGAUGAUGCUAAAGAGUAUGUCAUAAAUUUGAAGGAGCAGCCAAAAUGUGACCAGAACCUUAAUAAGUGGUAUUGCUUUGAAAAUCAAAUCAAAGCAAAUAAGAAUAACAAACAGGGGGAGAACAUUCACAAAAAACUCAACCUUCGACUCCCUGGAAAUUCCAGGUUGGGUCAAAAAAAUUUUCUCCCUGCAUAUACAUUCAGAAAUCAGAAUUUGCUUGACUCUCUUAGUUGUAGAUAUGCACAAGGGGGAAGUGACAAUAUAUAUGAUUGGAAUGAAGCACUGGGAAACUUGGAUGUGUUUCAACAAUUUGACAUGGACUAUGCAAACCAACCAACUUAUGACGAAUUCUCAGACAAGAUAAUCAGUCAUCUUCCGUCUAAGCUCAAGUACUUCAGAGGAUUAACCAAAGAAAAGGGAAUCAAAUUUUCCAAACAGAUAUCAAAAUUUGAGACAAAAGUCCAAAACCAACAUAAUCUUUCUAUGUCCACUAAGGAGAAGUUUAAAUAUGAACCAUCAUAUCAGAAACUGAAGCAAUUGAAAACACAGGCUGUAAGGCAGCCUUUAAAUGGUUCCAAAAACUUGCUUGAAAUUGAAGGUAAAAGCAUUUGUGAACCAGAUCUACUUGAAAAUCUCUAUGGAGCAAUUGCCUUUAAGGAUUUUAUUGUGCACAAGGGCUACAAGAUGCCAGGAAUACUCCAGAAGUUUUUUAUGAAAAAGGGAUGGGAUUACAACUCUGUUAAUACUCCUAUACCAAGUGUAUUAAAAUAUCAUGAAAUGAUUCUGCAAAAAAUGGAUGAUGAAGAUGAUGAAAAUUGUGGAAAGGAACUUGACUAAAAGAUUUUUCUUAUCACCAUCUACUUGACUGUGCCCUCAUAUCAUUUUGCAUUUGAGAUGCAUUGAGUGGACACUCAGACACUACACCAACAAACAUAACUCCUAACAUUCAGGGACAUCUAUCAGUGAAUUUAUACUUUUGCCUUCAAGGAUAUUUUUGAUGUUCUAAAUAGUGGGAGGUCAAUGUUAGAAUCUAAUUGCCUCACAUAGUCUUUCAUUGACAUUGUUAUACAUCAUUUGUAAUACUACGUAAAACUAUUCAUUAAAAACAGAAAGACUAAUAAAAAGACUCAGUUUAUCACUUUGCAAAA